UUUAAUUUCUCCCCUUAUUCUUUUGCAUUUCAUUUGAAUCGUCACAUUUUCCACAAGCCUCGCCACAACAAUCUAUAUUAAUCUCUUCAUAUCAGAAGAAGACAUACGGUUGUUUCUUGCUGAAUAUUCUCUAAUCUCUUGAUAAAAUGGCGAGUGAGGAAGUCGUGGUGGCUGGAGGGGAGAGAGACGGAGCUGUGAUUGUGUACGGAGAGGAGGAGUGUUACAAGAAAUCAGUGGAGCUUCUAGAGGAGCUAGGGUUUCCAAAAGGUGUGAUGCCUUUGAAGAACCUCGUGGAGUGUGGGAGAGUUAGAGACACGGGUUUCGUGUGGAUGAAGCAAAACACUCCUUACGAACAUUUCUUUGAAGCCACCAAGACUCACGUUUCUUACGAUCUUGAGGUCACUGCAUAUGUCGACAAGGGUCGUAUGAAGAAGAUGACAGGGGUGAAGAGUAAGCAGAUGCAUAUGUGGGUACCGAUUGCGAAAAUGAGCAUAAAGGAGCCAAAAAGAAAUAAGAUUUACUUCAAGACUCCUAUGGGAAUCGGCAAGUCUUAUCAUGUUACUGCAUUUAUGGACGAGGAAGAGAAACGCAACUUUUACUUGAAGAAUCCCAAAAAAUGAACCAUUUGAUUAUGAUUAUUAUUUAUUUCCGGUUGCUUUUGUUUGUUUUUUUUUUUCUGUUUUUUUUUUCUGUUUUUUCACACUUGUCAGGUUGCUUUCUAUGCCAUUACUAAAAGAUUCAUGUUCUCAA